CGGGCGCUGCGACGGGAGGGCGGCAAGAUGGCGUCCACGAGCCGAAGUAUCGAGGUUUUCUUUCAAGUCAGGAAUGAAGGCAGGCCCGUGGAGCGGACUGUGGAGCGACUCUAUUACUCCUGCUAAACCUGUCCUAGGAUCUAGGGAGUGCUUCCUACCUACUAGUCUUACUGAAACUCGGGAGCUCUUUGCUGAGAUGGACCUUCACACACGUGCUUUUGGAUGUACUUCCAAGAGUGACUUGCCCAAAUCAUCCAGAUUCCAUUUUAGUAGAGGAUUACAGAGCUGGUGAUAUGAUUUGUUCUGAGUGUGGUCUAGUAGUAGGUGACCGGGUCAUAGACGUAGGGUCAGAGUGGAGAACUUUCAGCAAUGACAAAGCAACAAAAGAUCCAUCUCGAGUCGGGGAUACCCAGAAUCCUUUGUUGAGUGAUGGCGACUUGAGUACAAUGAUUGGCAAGGGCACAGGUGCAGCAAGUUUUGAUGAAUUUGGGAAUUCAAAGUACCAAAAUCGCAGAACUAUGAGCAGCUCUGAUCGUGCAAUGAUGAAUGCUUUUAAAGAAAUUACGAACAUGGCAGACAGAAUCAACCUCCCUAGAAAUAUAGUUGAUCGAACAAAUAAUUUAUUCAAGCAAGUGUAUGAGCAAAAGAGCCUGAAGGGAAGGAGUAAUGAUGCUAUUGCUUCUGCUUGUCUCUACAUAGCCUGUAGGCAAGAGGGUGUUCCAAGAACGUUUAAAGAAAUAUGUGCAGUGUCCAGGAUUUCAAAGAAGGAAAUAGGCCGGUGUUUUAAACUUAUUUUGAAAGCUCUCGAAACAAGUGUUGAUCUGAUUACAACUGGAGACUUCAUGUCAAGAUUCUGUUCCAAUCUGGGUCUUCCCAAACAAGUACAAAUGGCAGCAACACAUAUUGCCCGUAAGGCUGUGGAAUUAGAUUUGGUUCCUGGGAGAAGCCCUAUCUCUGUAGCAGCUGCAGCUAUUUACAUGGCAUCACAAGCUUCUGCAGAAAAGAGGACACAAAAAGAAAUUGGUGAUAUUGCUGGUGUGGCUGAUGUUACGAUUAGACAAUCGUACAGGCUGAUCUAUCCUCGAGCUCCAGAUCUCUUCCCAGCAGACUUCAAGUUUGAUACCCCAGUAGACAAACUACCACAGCUGUGAAAUUGCAGAGGGUUACUUUUAAUUUCUAUUAAAAAACAAACAAACAAAAACCAAAACCCAACCCAACAACAACAAACUUUCGGUUUUUGCCUAUAAUAAAGGAUGUACAAAGUGUUAAUAUUGAGUCUUCAUGUUGUGGAACUGGAGGAUAUGGAGAUGGAGCGUAACUGCUGGAACGCAGCACACAUUCCAAGGGUAAACAAACUCAUUGUGUGGCAUUUCGUUAUGUAUAUAUUAGUGGAAGUAAAUAUUUAAUGAUUGUUGCAACAACCUUAAUUUCAUAUUGUUGAACUUAUUUAGAUUUCUUUUGUAGGGAUCUAGUAAGAUGUAUUUUGGAAAAUCUAAAAUAUUAUGUAAUUCCCAAAUAAACUCUUUUCCAAAAACACUUACCAUCUUGUUGAUAUGACUGCAACUUCACAUGCACAUACUGUUCCACAUGCUGAGAACUGGAAUGCAGUCCAAAAGAAUGGUAGAGUUAGCUUCAUACUUAUAGACUUGGUCACAAGGCUGCUUAAAUGCUCACUUUCUUGACAAUUUUUAAUCUCUAGUGUGACUUUAGUAUUUGUAGUUAGCUGUACAGUAGCAUGUGGAUGACUUAACCCAGAAUGCAAGCAGUUGUUGAAAAGCAGUUUGAAUAUUAGCACAACUGCUGCUGAAGAUACCCAAAUUCGUUGUGAAAGGGUUAGUCACAUCCUUGGCACAGUCUCCCUCAUUUUCACUGAUGUGUCUCUGCUUCGCUUCUGUGAAUUCGACAUAAUGACAAAGCAGCUAAAGAGAAACAUAAGGAUUCUUAACUUUAGUUGAAUUCCUGACAUCUUUGUGAUGCUUGGUACUGUACAAAGGCAGGUAAAAAAUAUUUCUGGUAAAAGUUUCUGUUAAAUGUUCUGGCCUGUCAGUCCACCCUGCAGUCUGGCUGGCCAGUGGUUAAGCUUUUGGCACUGUUAUGUUUGAAGUGAGCACUUGCUUGUUUGAAAUGAUGUACCAGGUGCUGAGGAGUGAAGGCCAGAAAAUAUUCAGCCCUCCCCCACCUAACAGCUUUGAAAACUAGUUGCCUCCUGACAGUGUCCCUUUGUGUGCAAAGCAACAAAUGUACUUAACUGGGAGUCUUUGGGUUCCUGAGUUAAUUUUGUAUCACAGGUGCAAAUUCAUUUUAAUUACCAAAAUGAACAGCUGAGGGGUCAGCUUGCUACACAUCUGGCCCUAAGCCAUCCAGGGGGAAGGCUGUGUGUCCAAUGCUAAUAGCACUAAUUGUCAAUAGCCCUCACUCUUUUCUUGCUGGUUUAGUUUUAAUCCUCUUCUAUUGAAAUGUGGCAGCUCAGCAUUUUUUUCUGUAAACAAAUAACAAAGGCUGUACAGUUCUAUUACACCACUGAAGCUGUUGGUUGCAGUCAUGAUAAAAUCUGGUGCAGAUGUUAAAGGUGGUGUUCUUAGUGGUCUGGAGGGAUUGUAUUCUCAUGUAUUUCCUUAAACUUUGUUGCAACAUUUUCUGUUACUUGGGCUUUCCCUGUCUUGCUCUGAGCCACUCUGUCUACCUCUGUGCAAGAAGGUGUGAUGCUUUGACUAGGCAGGGCCUGACCUUUAAUGUACUGUUACAGGUUGGAAUCGCAAAGGUGAAAGUUCUUUUACUGUGAGUGUACUUUCUGGCACAGAUUAGUAUGUUAAAUCUAUGGCAUGCAAUGCAGGUUAAAAAUGGCUGAAACUUAGAUUUACAAUAAUGCUCUUAUUUUAAAUGCUUUCAGGCAUUAUGCAGGAGCACUUGACAUGUGAGUGGUGAGCAUUUGCAGUUGAAAUUGUCACAUACAGCAAAAGCUGUCUGGACUGAAAUUUAAAUAAGUCUCUGCAAAGCUCUGGAGUGCAGCAGAUGGAGGCAGGGAUGUACUAUCCUGGCUUGACCCUGCCUCUUCCUGCAAUCCUGCAACCAGUUCCUGUGCCUCCCUUGGUGUGGAGAUGGUAGUAACUGUGCAGCCCAAAGAGGUAGAACUCAGAGUAUGCUUGAAGGGGCUGUACACUGUGAAAACCAGUUACCCCUGGUCCCAGUAGACUAUGGUUAAUAUCCAGAAAAAAAAAAAAGGAGUGUAACUCUCAUUUUUUAGGCAGUUAUGACCCCUUUACUAAGCUGCUUUGAUGAAGCCAAGGAAUUGGCUUUCCUUAGAAGCUUCUCAUGCAGAAAUGAGCUCUCCUUGUUCCUGACUGGAGCACUUCUUGGCAGUGUGGGGGAUGUCUGUGUGCAGCUGUGUGUACAGUACACCAGCAGUUCUUGGGCUUGCAGGGAUAGGUGUGGGGGAGCUGGAGAGGAGGUUGUUGCAGCUCUGUAGCCUGUUUUUAGCUAAUUGCUACCUUCUUGUGUUACCAAAGCUAAGUGGUAGCAAAGGCUGUGUGACAACUAGACCCUAUAGUGAAAGCAAGGAGACUAGCUACAGUUCAGGUGUUAAUAGGUUUUGGGUUCUCUGCAAAUGCGUGUGUGUUGUUGCUGGGAGGUGGUUCAGCAGUGAGCCUGGGAGAAGACAGGAGUGCUGAAGGAUUGCAUUCCCCACACACAACAAAGGCAAGGGCAUAGCAUCUUCAGGUACCUCCUAUGUUAAUUCAGCAGCAGUUUAGACUAGGUAUUUGAAACUGUAUCUUCAUUUGGAGCCAGCCCUUUCUGGCAGGAUUGCUUAGUUAGGUAUUGAACUGAAGCAGCUCUAGGCUAUGGUCUCAUGAAAUUUUAGUUUGUUCUUAAGAGUAAAGAUUUAUUUGCUAAAUGCAUCAGAAAAGAAAGCUUUGUUCUCUGCUUAAAGAACAAGCUCAUUGAGGGUUGGGUAUAGGUUUUUGUUCGUUUACAGAGCUUUCCUGUAUAAUGGGGGGAAGAAAGAGACUUAUAAUGGAAGAAACACCCAGGAGGGGAGUAAGUGUUGUCUCCCCAUGUGCUCAAAGGAAGCCUAUGACGGGAGAAUGCUGAUUGAAGCUGGCCAGACUUCAACAGACAUGGUCUUCUGCUCCCUUCAGAAGGGCUGAUCACCCAAUCAAGGGGAGGCUACCUUCCUCCAGCCUCAGAAAGAAGCCUCUCCCCUGCCUGACCCUGCAGGUCUGUCCAGCAUCAAGAUUUUAAACAACCACCUUAGCACUGCAUAUUCAAAUGGUUUGCAUUUCUUCUUUUAAUGAAUAAAAUUACAAAUAUUGAAUUCAUUUGAGUGCUGAUUUUCACUGUCUUAGCCCAUGAACAGCAAACUCCUGGCUAGGAUGAACCUCCUGUGAGAUUACAUAUGCAAUCAGCUCUGAAUGGUACUAGAGCUAAGAACCAUGUGGGAAAUUGGUUUUCUAAGAAUUAAUGUUUGCCCACAGAACACCAGAUGCCAAAAAUAGGUCUUGGUU